CGUUAUCGUACGGCGGCCCCGCCACCCCACUCUCCCUUUCGAGCACACCGCCUUGGAUCCAUCGAUAUUUCUCCUCUGACCAGUCAGUCCGUCUGUCGAUCCUCUUCCCCCAGGGUAUACAGAGUCACUUCGGUCUCAUUCCUUCUUCUCGUCGGGGAGAUUCUCACCUUACCUCUUUUUCACUGUACGAGUGUACUCUUCUUAGAGCCACUUAAGGCCCGCGUGUACCUCUCGCCGCUACCCACACCACCUCUCAUCCCUCUCACGAUCCCGUUCCACCUCGUUCCACCCCCUCGCAACAAUCCCCUCCUUUGCUUCCCUUCCCCCGCCGCCGCCGCCGCCGCCCCCUCUUUUCCCCUCCACGUCAACGCCAUGGCCACCACCGCCGCCGGUCGCAUGCUGUCACGGCAGCUGCAGCAGAUGCAAUCGGACAAGGACAUCCCCGGCAUCAGCUGUGGAUUGGUCGACAACAACGUCUUCGAGUGGGAGGUGAUGCUCAUGAUCUCCGAUGAUGUCAAGCUCUACGGCGGUGGUUUCUUCCGCGCCCGACUCUCCUUCCCCCCGGAUUACCCUCACAUGCCGCCGAAGAUGAAGUUCGAGACUCCCCUCUUCCACCCGAACAUCUACCCCAACGGCGACGUCUGCAUCUCCAUCCUCCACCCGCCGGAGGAGGACAAAUACGGCUACGAAUCCGCCGCCGAGCGCUGGUCCCCCGUGCAGACCCCCGAGACGAUCCUGCUCUCCGUCAUCUCCAUGCUGUCCAGCCCCAACGACGAGAGCCCCGCCAACGUCGAGGCGGCGCGGCUAUGGCGCGAGAACCCCCAGGAGUUCAAGAAGCGGGUGCGCAAGUGCGUGCGCGACAGCCUGGGCGAGGAGUAAUCCUCCUUUCGGUUUGGGUUUGCAGUUUGCAGUUUGCCCGGGGUGGUGGUAGAGAGAAUUUCCUUUCGCAUUCGUGGCAUUGCGCGGGCAGCGUUGUGGCGCAAGUUAAAUGGGUACAUAUCUUUUUUCGUGUUUUCGUGUUGCGUAUCUCUUUCGUGACGUUGUGAUUUAUGGUUUACACGGCUUUCUGCUUGUUGCGGUUUGUAACUUUGGUGGUUGAUGGGGAAUCCGUUUCCCUGUUUUGUGAUUUAUGGUUUUGAUUCAUGGGAUUUUUUUUUCUCGUGGUUGGUAGCGGAAUAGAUUCUUGGGGUGGUUUUCUUUUCGCUGUAUGGAUUGGAGUAGGUGUGUAGUUGUUUGGAGGUUGGGUUUAUGCUGUUGCCAUGGGUUAGGUGUGCUUCUCUUGAGGGAUCUUGGUUGUCUCAACGACCGGACAGGGGUAUCAGAUAUAUUCUUUGUGCUGAGGCCCGGCUACUCCGAUGACAAUCAGGCUACG